AUGGCGAUGUACCUCAUCCUAUGCAUGCUGACCAAACUUCGUUUCAAUCUACAGCACCUGACUCUGAGGAAACUGACUCUGAAUCCUAAAUGGAUAGAUUCAGGCUUCGUUUAUAAAUAUUCAUUCUUAUUCAUACACUUAAUACAUUUGUCAUUAGCAGUCUUGGCACAGGCAUGGCAAAGCCCCAUUUCUCCCAUUAGGACAACAGCCAUGUCUCUCAAGGUGAUCCUCGUAGCAUGUGUGGCCGCGGUGGCUCUGGCCGAUAAGGCUCCCGUGUAUCAUCAGCCACCUGUUUAUGCCGCACCUACGUACCGCGCUCCAGAACCUGCGUAUCACCCAUCACCUUACAAACAGCCUGAGUACCCUACUGUCCCGCCGAAGUACAACUACAAUUACGGCGUCGCCGACGGCUACUCCGGCGUCAACCUCGGUCACUCAGAAGCCCGUGACGGCUACAAGACCGAGGGCAGCUACACCGUCGACCUCCCCGACGGCCGCAAGCAGAUCGUCAACUACGUGGACAACGGCGACGGUUAUGUAGCUGAGGUCACCUACGAGGGCGAGGCUCAGUACCCCGAGUACAAGCCCACCUACAAGCCCACCUACAAGCCCGCUCCCUACCAAGCUCCCCCCAAGUACCCCGUGUACUAAGGAUGUACAUUCUCGCAUAAGACAAC